AUGUUCCAAUCAAAAGAAUUAGUCACCAAGUUCUUUUCAAGGUUCUAUCGCGUCAGAAAAAAUAUUGAAACUUCAGUUUUCGAAUUUCCAAAAUUUAUUUUACAAAUUAAAGACAGUUCUAAUAAUUUUAGUACAGAAGAAGGCGUUUUCUCGGUUGACGAUAUCUCUUUCGACUCAACAAACUUUAUAAAAAGUAGUUCUUACAGAAGCGUUGUAGUUGAUGCAGAAUCACCGAAUAGAACUUCAGAAUAUCCAUUUGCAAUCAAAUUUUCUGCAUCAGGAGAGAAAGAUGUCCACGAAACUUUAUUUUCUUCAGAUUCCGAGUUAAUUCUUGGUUUUCUUACUCUCUACAUUGCCAUUUUAAAGAAAAAUAGCCAAAAAGAGGAACCACUUACAGAAGAUUCAUUUGCAAAAGAACUUCCGAAGCAAAAUGAAGAUUUUAUUUUUGGAGAGACCAAAUUCAUUUCCCCUGAACUAAACCAAAGAAUGGAAAUUUCGCAGAACACGGUUUCUCUCAAAUUUUCACCGGUUAUAGUUCCAGAAAAGGCAAGUCUGAAAAGAGAGUUAAUUUCAUUCGGUUUACCGAUCAAGAGGCGAAUAUUUUACAUUAAUAGCUCACGAAGAAUGCGAACACCUUUGUUUAUGAAGAAAAUUAAACCACAAUUUAAUUCAAUUAUUAAUUCUCAGGAUUCUAGCCGUUAUCAGAAGACUUAUACAGAUGAUAUGAUAUUAAAGUACCCUGAAAUCAAUCUUCCUCCAACAAAAUCCACUUCUUUCAAGUUUAAUAUUGCUGGUCCUUUAAUUAAUGAGUUUCUACAGACGAACUCCUCACCAACGUCAAUGAUGCAAUCACUACAACUAGCAUCACAACAGGAUUCCUGUCCUCCUGACAUAAAAAUGCUUUUUGACAAAUUAAAAAUCACAAUUCCUUCAAAAACCAGUUCAAAUAUGAACGAACCCGGUUCAUAUAUCAUUAACAAGAUAAGAGAUAUCAAUUCCCAUCUCCAAAACCAAGAAAAUCUCUCAAAUCCGAUUCCGACCGAAUUUGUCAAAAUUAUUUCCAGCAUUUUAGUAGAUAUUCCCAAGCCAUCAGUUGAUAUCCGCCAGAAUUUGUACGAAUUCCUUAAAAAAGAUCCGAAAAUUGCGAAAAUCCUUCCAAAUCAGCAAAUUUCGGACAAAUUGCAGUCCGUGGCCAUCGUAGUAGGCAGAUUAUUACUGAUCCACAAGCUCACAUCGUUUUUCAAGAGCCUGGCGAAUAAUUCCAAAUGGCGAGAAGAAAAUUACAUGGUUGGAUCACUGAUGUUGUCGAGUACGUUCAUUUGCGAUAUCGCAUUGACGAUUUCCGAUAUCGAACAGAAGCAUUUCAAGGGAACUUUGACCAAUUUGAAGAAUUUCACAAAACCGAUACCGAUAGAAACUAUUGAAGGUCGUAUUUCUCUUUUGUCUCAUGGUAUUGUUAAGAUGCAAAUCACAUCAGAUGACGAACAGUGCUAUGAAUACGCAUAUGCUUUAUUAAUCCAUUAUAUUUGCGAUUUCUUCUCGAAAGACUUCAUUUUACCAACGAACGUCGCAAUAAGACAACUGAGGAGUCCAUGGUAUGUUUUCGCUAGCAGUUUGGAGAUGCAAAUCAACGACUGCAACGAAAUUACAAAUUUAGUUGCAUUGUUGAAGCAGGCAAGUAAUCAUUUUGCAUAUUCCCCAUCAUCACUGAUGAAAGUUUUCUUUUUGAACGGCCUUUCAAUCGGAAUUGCGUGGCAAUUCAUUCUUUUUGGUGCAGCAAGAGGUUCUUCAGCAAAACUCUACAAACCAACAGCUCCUGCAUCUAACAUUUCACGUGUUUGUGCUGUUGCAUUAUCAAUUGCAACACUGAGAUUUGUCAACAUCGAACUUAACUCAGAAAAUGUUCUUAAAUACGCUGAUGAAUUCAGUAACAUGGAAUCUGUUUAUUAA